AUGGAACAACAAAGGAAAAAUCGCAAAGUACUUCGCACUUCUUUUUCGAAGGUGGCAAAUGAGCUUUCAGAUUUGCUAUCUAAAGGCGAAGUGGAAAGUCGGCUUGUACAAGUUUCGUGGAACAUUCUCCAGCAAAAACAUGAUAGUCUCAAAAAACUGGAUGAGACGAUUUUCAAUACGAUGCUGGAAGAAGACGUUAGCGAAAAGGAUUUAUUGACAGAGACUGAAGGAAACGACACCUAUGAGCACAAGUUUUGUGAUCUGUGUAUACGCUGUGAGGAGUUCUUCAAGCCACCCGCGUUGGCUGCCGAGGUGAGGUCGAACCACUCAUGUAGCGGUAAACAAACAGUUAUUGAACCAGGUAGGCGUAAAUUUAAGUUACCGGUGCUGGAGUUUAAAAAGUUUGAUGGGACUAUUAAAGACUGGCUUCCGUUUUGGUCCCAAUUUAGGAAAAUUCAUGACGAUCUUGAUUUGGACUUAAGUGACAAGGUCGAAUAUUUAGUUCAAGCAACGGUUGCCGGAAGCCGUGCCAGACAAUUAGUGGACAGUUUUCCCGCGACGGGUACUAAUUAUUUGAAGAUAGUCGAUUGCUUAAAAGCGCGAUUCGGUAGGGACGAUCUUCAAAUCGAAGUUUAUGUGCGUGAGUUGUUGAAAUUAAUAAUAAGAAACGCUACGUCGAACGAAAAAAUCGAGAUCUCUUUAUUAUACGAUAAAAUAGAGACGCAAUUACGUGCGUUGGAAACACUCGGCAUUACUUCCGAUAAGUACGCGGCUAUGCUGUUUCCAUUAAUCGAAUCGUGUUUCCCGCCGGACCUCCUUCGUAUUUGGCAACGUACGUCAACGGUCACUGAGGGUAAUGGGGAGUCUAGUUUAGAAGACCGCCUAAAAAGUCUAAUGUUAUUUUUAAGACACGAGGUAGAAAACGAACAACAUGUAUGUUUGGCGAUGGAAGGGUUUGGUUUAGGAUCAGGUUUAAAUAAAACUAAGAAGAAUUUGGAACAUAGGAAUACCGGUGUAGAUAAUAGCGGGAACGUGAAGUUUAGGUCUGUGCCAACUGCAUCAGGCUUAGCAAAUAACACCAGGGAACCGCAGUGCGUUUUCUGUAACAACAAUUCGCAUGAAAGCGUCAAAUGUUUUCGGGCAAAGAAGUUGUCAGUCGAACAGAAACGCGACAAGUUGGGCGAUUCCGGUGCAUGCUUUCGGUGUCUCAAAAUCGGGCAUAUUUCACGAAGAUGUCACAUGAGAGUAAAAUGUGUCACUUGUGGUAAAUCACAUAUGGAAAUUAUGUGUCCAGGGCUGGCGAAAGGUAUACCACAAGUCACAGAACCACCACUUACAUCGGACAUCACGACCAAUGCAGACGCCAGCCAGGUAUUAGUAGCCAACCACAGCACGAACACCCAGGUAUUUUUGCAAACCCUCCGCGUACAAUUAUACGGAACAGGGCGCUCCAAAGUUGUACGGGUUUUAAUCGACACUGGUUCCCAGAAGUCGUACAUUUUAGGGUCAACGGCCACUUUGUUAGGUUACACCCCCAAACAAAAGAUAAAUUUAUUACAUGGAUUGUUUGGGGGAAGUCAGAUCAUGCGGCAACAUAACGCUUAUGAAAUUAAUUUACGACAUAAUAGUUAUGCUUGUACUUUCGAAGCUCUUGACCAGGACGUCAUUUGCAAUGCGGUUUCGCCUAUCUUUGAUGGAGUUUGGUUGGAAGAAAUGAGUCGGUUGGGUAUUGUGCUUUCGGAUACUUCGACCCUGUCACCUAUUGAGGUGUUGAUUGGUGCAGAUGUGGCGGGGAAGUUGUACACGGGCCGAAGACAUAUUUUGCCAUGUGGUUUGGUGGCAGUAGAAACCCUAUUAGGCUGGACCUUGAUGGGCAAGAUACCUGAAGGACGUAAUAGUGUCGAAACUUUGUCGGCUUUAAGUCUUUUCGUCAAUGACACAUCAUUGGCCAACUUGUGGAAACUGGAGACGUUAGGCAUCGUGGACUCAUCGGAGCAAAUGACACGGGAAGAAAGCGCUUUGGCGGCAAAGGAUUUAUUUUUAAAGACAAUUACCGUCAAUGGCGAGUCCAGGUACGAAGUCCGCCUACCUUGGUUAGAGGAUCGCCCAGAAUUGCCGAAUAACUACAAUCUUGCCAGGAAAAGACUUGACAACACUGUUAACAAGUUACGCAAGGAUGGACUUUUCGAAUUAUAUGACAGGGUUUUUGAAGAAUGGCUUGCGGAAAACAUAAUCGAAGAAGUCCCUCAGACGAAUACAGGCCAGGCCCAUUAUCUGCCACACCGGCCGGUUAUCAAAGAAUCGAGCACAACGAAAAUUCGGCCGGUAUUUGAUGCAUCAGCUAAAGAAAAAUAUAAACCCUCUUUAAACCAGUGUCUCGAGAAAGGGUUAAACCUUAUAGAGGAAAUUCCGAAUAUUUUUCUGAGAUUCAGGACCAAUAAAAUUGGAGUGGUAUCGGACAUUAGAAAAGCCUUUUUACAGAUCGGUGUACACGAGACCGACAGGGACUACCUACGAUUUUUAUGGGUCAAUAAAGACGGUGGUCAAAAAAUUUUUCGGCACCGAAGGGUGGUGUUUGGCAUUAACAGUAGCCCAUUUUUAUUAGGGGCCACGCUAGAAUAUCACUUGACCCAGAUGCUGCAAAAGGCAGGUACACAUUAUUCAGAAGGAACAGUGCAACAAUUAUUAAAGAGCUUUUAUGUCGAUAAUUGCGUGACAAGCGUCGCAAAUGAGGAGCUUUUGGUAAAGUUUAUUAACGAGGCGUCUUCAAUAAUGGCUGAAGGAGCAUUUGAUUUGAGAGGGUGGGAGUAUACCAACCAAGUGCAACCAAACGAAUUCUACUGUGGUACCACGGUACUUGGUAUGACAUGGGAUACCACCAAAGACACCUUAAGCCUUAAGUUGGAGCUAGAAAACUUUGCCGAAAUGCUUAGUAGGCCGGUGACAAAAAGAUUUAUGUUAUCAUUGGCUCAACGACUAUUCGAUCCGAUAGGGUUCACCUGUCCUGCUACAUUGUACCCUAAAAUUUUACUGCAACAGACGUGGGAGAAAUCCAUAGGUUGGGACACUCCAGUUGACGAAGAAAUGGCCAAGAACUUUCGAUCAUGGAUGGAAGAACUCCCAUUUUUGAUUGAAAUAAGAAUUCCGAGAUGGAUAGGUGCGGGAGCUGAAGACGCCAAACAAUGGGAAAUACAUACGUUCUGCGACGCCAGUAAGAGUGCUUUCUCUACUGUUGUGUUUCUGCGAGGUAUUCAACAAGACGGGAGUGUUUUUAUUCAUUUAUUAGCCAGCAAAUCACGAGUAGCGCCUAUCAAGAAGUUGUCAAUACCUAGACUUGAAUUGAUGGCUGCUCUAAUUGGAGUUCGUUUGUUUAAUAAUGUUAGAAAAAACCUAGAUAUUAAUGCUGAAGUAUUUUUUUGGACGGAUUCCUCUACAACACUAUUUUGGAUUCAACACGAAGAAGAGUGGGCAACUUUUGUGAUGAAUAGGGUAGAGGAAAUAAGAAGGACAUCGCCGGUCAGCAGUUGGCAUCAUGUUCCAGGAGUAGUUAAUCCUGCCGAUCUUCCUUCACGUGGAUGCUCGGCUAAAAAACUGCUUCAAUCAAAAUGGUGGGAGGGACCUAGUUGGCUUUACCAAGACAGUUCACACUGGCCAACACAAAGUUUUAAUUUGAUUGAAGCAGAAAUAUCUCAGGAAAGAAAGAAGAAGCUGGUUACGUCGCUAGUUAACAAAGACACGGAGGUAAUGAACACGGAUGACUGGCGCCUCAACUAUUUUGGAAACUUUACAAAGACAGUACGCAUGCAUGCUUGGAUAAUCCGGUUUUGGCACAAUGUUACAAACAAGGAAAAUAAACGUAAAGGUCCACUUGCUGCUGAAGAGAUUGACGUAGCAGAACAAAAGAUAUUGGGGCUGGUACAGCGCGAAUGUUUUGCCGAGCACAACGACAAACACUUGGCUUCUCUGGACGUCUUUAAAGACGAAAACGGCAUUAUUCGCUUAAAAUCUAGGAUAAGUAAUAGAAAUGAUUCGGAAUUAUUUAGAUAUCCUAUAGUUUUGCCGUCCAAACAUCCUGUAGUAACACAAUUGGUAUUUCAAGAACACAAAAAUUCAUGCCACACGGGUGUUCAGGCCCUAAUUAGCAUAUUGCGCGAAAAAUUUUGGAUUUUAGGUGGAAGACGUGCAAUAAAGUCGGUAAUAUCAAAGUGUGUAAUUUGUAGAAGACACAGCAGUAAGCCCUUUGAUGAAAAUGCUCCCCCGCUACCCUUAGAUCGUGUUCGCGAUUCGGCCGCCUUUGAGGUCAUUGGCGUAGAUAUGACCGGUCCUUUGUAUAUUAAAACGGGCGAAAAAGUGUGGAUUUGCAUCUUUACCUGUGCAGUGUAUCGCGCGGUGCAUUUCGAACUUUGCAUGUCGCUGUCUACAGCUAGUUUCAUGCAAGCAUUAAGACGCUUUAUUGCUAGACGGGGGCGGCCGAAAACAAUUUAUAGUGAUAACGGGACAAACUUUGUUGGGACUGAUAACGCGUUUUCACGUUUAGACUUUACGAAAAUCGCCGAAGAAAGUGCCGUACAACGCAUUACGUGGCGGUUUAACCCCCCCAACGGGUUCGUGGUGGGGCGGGUUUUGGGAAAGACUCAUCGGGAUUCUGAAACCGUUGUUAAGAAAAGUGUUGGGUCGAACUUCACUUACUUACGAGGACUUGUCAACGGUGAUUUGUGA